AGCACCCAGUCACAGCUCUAGUUGUCACUUGGCCUCCUGAAUAACUCUAGUCUCCAGUCAGAGCCACUGGGGAGGAGGGACCCACAGAGAACCUAUGUCUUUAUAAAAACCAUGGAGAAUCAUCUGUGUAUACCCUGCUAAGGAGUCAAAGGACAAAGAAGUGAUGGGAGUGGUGAGCAGCAAAAAGCAGGUGAAGGAGAAGGAGAAGGGUCAAUGGAGCCCUGUGAAGGUCAGCACCCAGAGCAAAGAUCCUCCACCACUGCCACCUCUGAUCCUGUUUAACCACCUGACUCCUGCACCUCCAGACGCAUGCUUGGACCAAGAGGAGCGUUUCGUGGUGGCCCUGUAUGACUACAGCUCAGUGAAUGACAGGGACCUGCAGAUGCUGAAGGGAGAGAAGCUGCAGAUACUGAAGGAAGCUGGGGACUGGUGGUGGGCCAGGUCUCUCAUCACGGGAAGAGAAGGCUACGUGCCCAGCAACUUUGUGACCCGAGUGGAGACCCUGGAGGUGGAAAAAUGGUUCUUUAGGUCAAUUAGCCGGAAAGAUGCUGAGAGACAGCUUCUGGCUCCAGUCAAUAAGGCGGGCUCCUUUCUUAUCAGAGAGAGUGAAACCAACAAAGGUGCCUUUUCCUUGACUGUGAAGGAUGUGACCACCCAGGGGGAGAUGAUCAAACACUACAAGAUCCGCUCCCUGGAUGAAGGGGGCUAUUACAUCUCCCCCCGCAUCACCUUCCCUACUCUCCAGGCUUUGGUGCAGCACUAUUCUCAGAAGGGGGAUGGCUUAUGCCAGAGGCUGACCCAACCCUGUGUGAGCCUGGCUCCUCAAAACCCCUGGGCCCAGGAUGAAUGGGAAAUCCCUCGGCAGUCUCUCAAGCUGGUCAGGAAACUCGGGUCUGGGCAGUUUGGCGAAGUCUGGAUGGGUUAUUACAAGAACAACGUGAAAGUGGCCAUCAAGACGUUAAAGGAGGGAACCAUGUCUCCGGAGGCUUUUCUGGGUGAGGCCAACCUGAUGAAAACUCUCCAGCAUGAGCGGCUCGUUCGUCUCUACGCUGUGGUCACCAAGGAGCCCAUCUACAUCGUGACGGAGUACAUGGCCAGAGGAUGCUUACUGGAUUUCCUGAAGACGGUUGAAGGCAGCAGACUGUCCCUCCCAAGACUGAUCGACAUGUCAGCCCAGAUUGCUGAAGGAAUGGCGUAUAUUGAGCAAAUGAAUUCAAUCCACCGCGACCUGAGGGCGGCCAACAUCCUGGUGUCUGAGACCCUGUGCUGCAAGAUUGCUGACUUCGGCUUGGCCCGCAUCAUCGACAGUGAAUACACUGCCCAAGAGGGGGCCAAGUUCCCCAUCAAGUGGACUGCCCCAGAGGCCAUCCACUUUGGAGUGUUCACCAUCAAAGCAGACGUGUGGUCAUUUGGAAUCCUCCUGAUGGAAAUCGUCACUUACGGGCGUGUACCAUACCCAGGAGGUGGGAAUAGCAUCAUACCAUGUACGGAGGAAGAAAGCCAAGCACAAAGCGUAUUCCCAAGCCACACUGCUCAUUGGGAUGAGGAUGCAGAUGCUGGACUGUGGCAGCAGAGGACUAGAGGGGAGCUGCUGGGCUGGGAGAGACCUCACCGGGGGACUGCCUCUGCAGGGGAACAGAGGUGACUCAGCAAAGAAGAAUGCACAUCUGUCCUUGCGAUUUCCAGAGUACAUUCCCAUAGAUCCCUAUAGAUUCCCAUAGAUCCCUAUAGAUUUUCAAUCAGCUCUGGGAAGGCAUCGCCAUUGUUAUUAUGCCUACACACUUGCACACAAGAAGUAAACAGCAGAGACUCCACACCACUAAGUUCGUCUAGAGGCUCUUAGCUGGCCAGUGCUGGACCCCCCCACACACAGAUUUGAACCUAUUCUUUGCCCCCAGCCCCUUGCCAUAAACUGCUCUGUAGGGGAGCAUGACGCUCUCAGGAGCAGGGCAUGUUUGUGCAGGUAGGCCAGGCAGGCUCACUGGGCAAGUCUCAGUGUGUGUGUGUGGAGAGGGCAAUGUGGUCAGAUGGGGGCCUGGACAGAUCUCCUCUAGGCGGUCCAGGAUUUGGGAGGUAGAGGGAACCCUGUCCUUGGGGCAGUGGGGGUCUCCAGAGAAUUGCCUCUGACCUCUCUCGGGAAGGAAGGGUUCUUUGGGGGAGUUGGCUGCUGAAUCUUUCAGAAAAAAAUUUGCAGCUCAGCCUCCCAUACUCUGGAGGAGGCUUGGUGCCCGCACCCCAUCUCCCCAGAAUCUCUGGGAAUUGAGACCAUCAGGCUCAAACCCUGGGACGAGGGGUAUGGCUGGAGGGAAUAAAGCUGGAGUUCAGGGCACCACAGAGUGGACUGCCGCUGUGGAGGGUGGGGGAGCACACCAGGCAGAUCUGAGCCCGUAGGGUUCACAUGAGCAGGGCCCUGAGAGGACCUAAGGGUACCUUUGGAGGUAGGACUGGGAGGAGCUCAUAUCAGCAGGAUAGGAAAUGAGUCCCUCCUUCCCCCUUAGCAGCCUGGGCACCACCUCCCUGCCCCUCAAGGCCCCUCUAAAGUGGUUUCCCACGACUUGGGCCCCAGCUGUCCAGAGCUGCAAGGCCUAGGGCUGGCUGGCCACCUCCUUGAACCCCACCACCUUCCCAUAAAGAUGGAAGGGUCUCCCAGUGCUUUGUCACUGCACUAUUUAUAAAAAUCACUUCCGCUCCUUGUUUUGAAAGACAAGUUUCUUGGGGCACCUGAGUGGCUCAGUCGGUUAGGCAUCCCACUCUUGGUUUCAGCUCAGGUCGUGUUCUCAUGGGUCAUGGGAUCAAGCCCUACAUUGGGCUCCAUGCUUAAUGGGGAAUCUGCUUGAGAUACUCUCCCUCUUCCCCCCUCCUGAGCUCUCCUCCUCUAAAAAUAAAUAAAUCUUUGGAAAAAUUAAUAAGUAAGAGACAGGUUUCUAGUCUUUCUCUGAGAUUCUGAUCCAGAAGGUCUAAAGUAGGAUCUGGAAAUCUCAUCUUUCCUAAGAACUCUAAGUGAUUCGAUUAGCUCCCAACCCUGACUUUGGUUCAAAUCACCGGGAGAUGGAAGGCAGGCACAUCUAAAAAUACCACUGUCAGGAUUCCAGGCGGGGCUAACCAUGGGCACAUUUUAGAUGCCUCCAGCUGGUACUAAAGUUCAGACAGGAUUGGAAACUACUGGGUAGACCGUGUGGGGUUUGGAAGUACCCUUCCAAGAGGGCAGGCUGCAAGGCACCUGGCGUUCCGGUCUUGAUGCUCGGGUCCUGGAAUUGCAGGACUCGCUCGUGUCUGUGGCUUUUCCCAGUUCUGCAUGCAAGCUCUAACCUGCAGAAACUAGGAAAGAAGCCCAUAAGCCUGGCACAUUGUCAGGCACACAGACGGUUCCUUGGAGGGGAGGCUGGAGGGGAACCUUGAAGGAUUAGGGAGACUUCUCCCCACCAGGGGGCGGACUUGCCUCAGCGGUGCCCAGAACUGAGCCUCAGUGUCCCAGAGGGUGGGUU